AUACAAGGAGGACUACUCUAUCUAUUGUCAAUUGGUUUUAGGUUGGAUGCAAAUCUUGUAUUUAGCCCACAUGCAGGAUUUUCAAUAUAGUAUCAGAGCCCAGGUUCUACCAUGGGAAGCCCGUUGUUAGCCCACCUGACAGGACCCGAAGUUGAUACCGAGCCUGCAUUUAAGGGGGCAUGUUUGAGAAAGUUAGGAGCUGAGCAUUCUACAAUUGGAGUUGACCCAAAUCAGUUGCUUCCGACACCCAAAUCGAAAUGUGGGGCUUUAUUUUAAUUUGAUUUUUGAAAAUGCAGGGUUUCAUUUUAAUUUGGUUUUUGAUAGUGUCAUGUGUUACUUUAAUUUGUUUUUUUGUUUUUUCUUCGAAAAUUUGGUAGCUUUUAAUAGCUGCUAAUCGUGCUUCCUUUUUUUGUCUCUGUGUUUCUUGGCCAAAAAGGGAAGUUCAUACUUCUUUUUUAAUUAUGCUUGUAGGGGAUCACUGUUAUUUUGGUUUGGAGUAGGUGUUGCGCUGAAUGUAUUGUUUUU